UCACAUCUAUAUGGCGAGCAACUCUCGGGUUUCCAUUGCUGGACUUAACCCGUCAAAUGUUGAAUAUGUGGCACAUUCCAUUGCUGAAUGUCUAAAUGAAUCCUAGUGCUCUGUUAGCUAUGUAUAGUCUGCUACUGGCAAUGAUAGAUGAAAUAUCACGAUUCCCGCACCUAGUUAAUGAGGAAAAGUUAUAGUUGUAUAUCACAUUUUCAAGUCCUUAUCAAUGUCUAGUCACAUGAACCGAAGCCCUACCCCUCUCUCUGUUGCGGGGAUACCUUUUCUUACACCCUCAUGGACAGACACUCUCAUACUAGUUACCCACUCGGAAGAAUUAAUUUCUUCUAAUAGAACCUAUCGUCAUGGCUCGCUCCAAUCUCAUACCUAAACCAUGGGUACCACGCGAUCAAGCGCCGGACAUUACCCUCAUCAACAUCAACAUAAUCGAUGUAGAGGCUGGCCGCGUUGUCCCCAAUUGUAGUGUCCACGUGCAAAAUGGAGUUAUUGCACGUAUUAUGCCAGCAUCAUCGCUAUCCAGAAACUCAGAAGCGCCGUUUUCAACCGGACCGAGGACAAAGACUAAGUUCAUCAACAUGCGAAACCAAUAUCUGUGCCCUGGCUUGAUUGACUGUCAUGUUCACCUCACGGCCACCCCGGGAGGUACCUCGCUCAAGGACAUGUUCGCCGCUAGCCCUAAUACAAUUGCAUACCGCACUGCGUAUGUCGCCCGGAACAUGCUCCUCCGAGGCUUCACAACUGCGCGUGAUACAGGCGGCGCUGAUGCGGCAUUACGCGAUGCUAUCGCAGAGGGAUUGCUAUCUGGACCGCGCCUCUUCAUCGCCGGCAAGGCGCUCUCUCAAACCGGGGGCCACGGGGACUUACGCGCUCCUUAUCAAGGUGAUGAGUAUAAAUGCUGUGGUGGACACUCACCCGCACUGGCUCGUAUCUGUAACGGCGCCCCCGCGUGCUUAGAGGCAGUUCGAGAUGAGCUCCGGCAAGGGGCAAACUUCAUCAAGAUAAUGUGUGGCGGAGGAGUUGCAACGCCAACCGAUGCACUAGAUAUGCUGCAGUUCACCGCCGAUGAGAUUCAGGCUAUUACAACCACCGCCGCAUACUCCAAGACCUACGUUACCGCUCAUGCCUAUACGGCGCAGGCAAUCCGCCAUGCGGUCGACAAUGGUGUGCGUGGCAUUGAGCAUGGCAACUUCAUUGACGCCGAGACAGCCAGAUACUGUAACGAGAAGGGGGUAGUCUUCACUCCGACACUGAUCACGUAUCAAGGAAUGGCCGAGCCCCCCUUUGAUAACUUCCUUGACGAGGUCAGCCAAGCGAAGAACCGCGAAGUUCUGGCCAGUGGUCUCAAGGCUCUGGAAAUUCUACGCGAUGCUGGUAUCACAAUGUGCUACGGAUCUGAUCUCCUGGCAGGCCUCCACACGCUGCAGAACCGAGAGUUUAGUAUUCGCGCAGCCGUUCUCAGCCCGCUAGAGAUCCUUCAGUCGGCAACUAUCAACGCUGCCAAAUUGGUUGGGAUGGAAGGAAAACUGGGCUGUAUUAAGGAGGGGGCGAUUGCGGAUUUUCUGAUUCUCAAUGCCAACCCCCUUGAAAAUAUUACCGUUCUGGACCAGGUAGAGAAAUCCUUAGUGGCAAUUGCCAAAGAGGGGCGGAUUGUUGCAAGCAAGGUAGCUGAACUAUCAGUGGACCCUCUUUACGAUCCGUAUAGGAUCCCGUCCAGCUGAUUUAGGGGUCUGGGCCGUGAAGAUCGACAGCAGCCAGCACUCUGCAUUUGACCAGUCAGUACCGUUUCCAAGAGAUAGUCUGCAGAGGGGUGGUUGGUCUUUUGAGACCAAAGAGUGGGUUUCUUCUGAUCCAGCAUACCCAUGGAACUUUGACCCUUUUCGUACAGGUUGUAUUGUCAGGGCUUUGCUGGCCCAGGAGUUUACGCUUACGUAGAAUUGGCACUACACGACGCAAAUGUAACGACUCCGAUCUACAAGCUUGCUAUUACUUAUAGAAUGCUUUAAUAGUGUGCAAGAUAGUAGCCCUCCGCGAGUCCCCAAAGGAUUCUCACUUUCCUUGAGAAUUCCAAAAGCGGGGUCCCAACCAUCGGAGAGGAAUAGUUUGGUCUACUGCUAUGCAUGUAUGCGCUGGACAUGCAUAAGUGCACGGAUUCGCUCGUAAAGUGUCCGAGAUCACCAGAUGCUCCUCCCUCCGCCAGCCAGUAUUAUACAUGUCUAUUGAAAUUAUGAGCUGAGGUUGUAGAUGAUCUCAUCAUCGCUGUUUCCGGCCUCAACCUGACGUCAGGCUUAUCAACGAUGUAGGAAAAAAAGAAAACUUAUUUAAACCCCCUUCUAUUUCCCCCCUCUCUAAU